AUGGCUGACGAGAUUGCAGGAAUACGUCAUCCUUAUCUGAGCAAAAGUGAUAUUUUUGAUAUCAAAGAUCUGCAUUCCAAGAAUCCUUUUCAACAAUUUAACAAGUGGUUUGAGGACGCCAGCCAGUCUUCCAACAUCCUAGAACCAAAUGCCAUGGCUCUAGCUACUGCCUCCAACUCUGGUGUACCCUCAGUGAGAAUGCUGCUUUUGAAAGGAUUCAGUGAAGAAAAUGGUUUCGUAUUCUACACAAAUUAUGAGAGUAGGAAAUCAAAAGAUUUACAAGCCAACCCACAAUGUAGUUUGAUGUUUUAUUGGGAACCUUUAAGACGGUCAGUAAGGAUAGAAGGAAAAGCAGCUAAAAUGUCAAGAGAAGCUAGUGAAAAGUAUUUUUCUUCAAGACCAAGAGAUAGUCAGAUAAGUGCUAUUGUCAGCAAACAGGGGCAAGUGGUAAACAAUCGUGAAUUUUUAGAUAAAAAACAUUCAAGUACUGUUGAACAAUAUGGAGAUAAAAUGCCAAUUGAAAUGCCAGAUUAUUGGGGUGGAUUUCAUAUUCAACCAUCAGUAUUUGAGUUUUGGCAGGGGCAGUCCAAUCGACUUCAUGAUAGAAUAAUGUUCAGGAAACUGGGUAGUGGAGAAAAGAAAAGUGGGUCUGCAAUGGUUGGUGAAAAUGGAUGGAUAAUUGAAAGACUCUCUCCUUAA